UGGUCAGCAAAUGUUUAAGUAUUUACAAUGUGUCAGGCACUCUGAUCAAAAGGAGAGCCUUGCCCUUGAUUAGCUUACCGUGUGAAGAGGGAAUGAGCACAAGCCUGGCCUUGGCAGGGACAUACUCAGGUGUGCUGGGGGCACACAGGCUGGGCAACACAUAACGGGGAUCAAGAAAGACUCCAUGCAGGAGGCGAAGUCUGGGUCCAGACCCGGAGAUGAGAGGACUUCGCUGGGCUUAAGUGGGGGCAGACUGUGGAGGGGUAGCCAAGGGAAUAGCAUCCACUGAACAAAUGGAGGUGCUCGGAUGGGAGGGAGAGAAGAGAUGAGCACAUGUGUGAAUGCCAAGUUCACAGUGUGGCUGGAAUGGAGUUGGAAGGGCGAGAGAUGGGUGGACAGGUGAGGGUGUAAGAGGUCACGUGGACUGUUCUAAGACUUCUGCAGACCUCAACACCUUUGGAGGCCCCAUCACACAUUUAUCAAACAUAUUAAAAUGUAUUCUGAUCCCAUCUUAGAGUAAUUUAUAAAUAAAAAAGAAUUGCAGUUUACUAUUUAAUACCAUAUGAAUUUCUAUUUUAAAGUUUUCUUUUUGUACUUCAGAGCCAGUAAUUCUUUUUUUCAGAUAUGAAGCAUUUUCAAAGGGUCUUGAAAAGCUGGUAUGCUGUAGGCACCAUGUGUACAGGGCCCAAUUGAUAACAAUAGCCUUGUUUUAAACUUGCAGGUAUAAAUCUGAUAACUGUCUCCCCCUCCAACCUCUUACUGCCCAGUGUUCAUUCUCUCCUUUUUCCUGCCCUUCCUGAGUUUUAGCAGGGCCAGCGAGCACUCAGCUAGGCUGGUCCCAGCUUUUCUUACAGCAAGGAACAGUUAUGUGACUAAAGUUUUGGCCCUUGGUGUGUGUACAGAAGUGAUAUGUGAAAAUUUCAGGUCACAUCCUUGAAAAGGAAGCCAGCGGCCCCCACUUCCUUCUUCUGUGCCCAUCUCUGUGGGCUGGAAUGUGGAUGUAGUGGUGGUGAAAUGAUGUCAGCCACGUAGAGAAGGACAACAUCCUAGGGCAGCGGUUCUUAAACUUUGGCAUGCAUCAGAGUCACCUGGAGGUCUUGUUAAGACAAACGUUAGGCCCCAUCACCAGAAAUCUGACUCAGUGGGUCUGAAUCAUUUCUAACAAGUUUCCAAGUGAUUCUGGUGCUGCAGUCAGGGUCACUGCGUGGAAACUUCUUGGCAAGAGAAAAUAAUCCAUCACGGCCAGUUGGUGGAUGCCCAGCUUACAACCCAGGCAUCCUGAAACCCCACCUAGCAUUUUUUCCAUAAUGUCGCAUUACCAUAUUUCAUAUUGAGUUAAAUUUUCUAAUGAAUGAUUUUUCCCGGUGAAAAGUGAUUUAUUGUGGGGGAUGACUUUUGUGCAAAAUUUCCCACAUGGAAUGGUUCAAUGAGUUCUUGCGCCCAAGAAUUGCAAAUCUCUAAGAUGAACCACAAGAUAAAAAGUUCUGAAGUGAAGAGCGAUUGUUAUCGUUUAUUCGUUUAUUUUGUGGAUUAUUCGGGUUCCUUGCUUUCUCCUGACACCCACUUUUAACCUUCUGAUGGGUUUAUUUUUACCCUCUAACCAUUUCAUUACUGAAACAUAAACCAAACUCUGGAAAGGAAUAUGGUGAUGAGCAAAAAAACCAAAAUUAUGAUUUAAAUUGAGACUUCAGGGUUUUCUGUGGAUUACCAUGUCCCACCUUAUCAAAGAAAAAAAUGAACUUUAAUUAGAAUAUAAAGCAAUUCUUUCUGAAAAUGUGGGAUGGAAGAGGUCAGUCUUGGGUAUUGGGAGUAUGAUUUAUCCCUCAGAAAAAUCUUCACCCCAGAUAAGACUGGGAUGAAAGACCUUGGGGGUUUAUCAAAUUUUACUCUAGCAUUGGUGGGAGAAAAAAAAGGGAAGAAAAAUGAAGCAGGGUGAAAAAUCAGGUGAUUGAGAGGAAGAGAGAAAAGACAAGGCAGAGAAACUUGUUAAUUACAGGACUUUCUGAGCAAGAUAUUUUUCUUCCUUUCACAAGUUAGAAGCUGUUGAAUAAUUCAUGCUAAGCGUGGAAAGGCUGCCUUUUCCCUGGGUGAUGUAUCACUGAGCAGGAAAGAGCUGAGAGUGGGUUCACCACAUCAGCCACCCCUCUUGCUUCUGAGCACAGGGUGGGUGCUCUUCUCUGGAGCUCAGCUUCUGCUUUUGCAGCUAAGCAUCCUUGCUGCCUGCCUGCCUGCCUGCCUGCCUGCCCACCGUCUGGGCUUGCAGCCUGCCACUUUCCUUUCCCCAGCCCUGCUGCCAGCUGAGAAGCCUCCCAGCAGCUGCUGGUUUCUGCCAAGGACCAUGUGUGUGGAUGCUGCCUGGGAGAAGCGGGCACUUGCUCCUGGCACUCAUCCCAGCUGAGUUUCUCCUGUUGAUUUCGGGACCACAGAUGCUGCUGCAGAGGAAGUAUUUCCUGGCAUCCCUCCCUCUGCUACCGCCAGCUUAGGACCGGCCCCAAAGCAGGCGGGUGUCGGGAUGGGCCGCGCCGCGAGGAGCCGACGCUAGCCAGCGAGGUGUGAAGAGUUGGCCAGAAUGACCAACUCCUCCUCCACGUCCGCUUCCUCCACCACCGGGGGGUCCCUGCUGCUGCUGUGCGAGGAAGAGGAGUCGUGGGCGGGCCGGCGCAUCCCCGUGUCCCUCCUGUACUCGGGCCUGGCCAUCGGGGGCACGCUGGCCAACGGCAUGGUCAUCUAUCUCGUGUCGUCCUUCCGCAAGCUGCAGACCACGAGCAACGCCUUCAUCGUGAACGGCUGCGCCGCGGACCUCAGCGUCUGCGCCCUCUGGAUGCCGCAGGAGGCGGUGCUCGGGCUCCUGCCCGCCGGCUCCGCGGAGCCUCCCGGGGACUGGGACGGCGCCGCGGGCAGCUACCGCCUGCUGCGGGGCGGGCUGCUGGGCCUCGGGCUCACCGUGUCCCUGCUGUCCCACUGCCUCGUGGCCCUGAACCGCUACCUGCUCAUCACCCGGGCGCCCGCCACCUACCAGGCGCUGUACCAGCGGCGCCACACGGCCGGCAUGCUGGCGCUGUCCUGGGCGCUGGCGCUGGGCCUCGUGCUGCUGCUCCCGCCCUGGGCGCCGAGCCCCGGCGCCGCGCCCCCACGCGUGCACUACCCCGCGCUGCUGGCGGCCGCGGCGCUGCUGGCGCAGACGGCGCUGCUGCUGCACUGUUACCUGGGCAUCGUGCGCCGCGUGCGCGUCAGCGUCAAGCGGGUCAGCGUCCUCAACUUCCACCUGCUGCACCAGCUGCCCGGCUGCGCCGCCGCCGCCGCCGCCUUCCCCAGCGCCCCGCACGCGCCCGGCCCGGGGGGAGCCGCGCUCCCCGCGCCCGCCCAGCCCCUGCCGCCCGCGCUCCAUCCGCGGCGGGCGCAGCGGCGUCUCAGCGGCCUGUCGGUGCUGCUGCUCUGCUGCGUCUUCCUGCUGGCCACGCAGCCGCUGGUGUGGGUGAGCCUGGCCAGCGGCUUCUCGCUGCCCGUACCAUGGGGCGUGCAGGCGGCCAGCUGGCUCCUGUGCUGCGCCCUGUCGGCGCUCAACCCGCUGCUCUACACGUGGAGGAACGAGGAGUUCCGCCGCUCCGUGCGCUCGGUCCUGCCCGGCGUCGGCGACGCGGCGGCUGCCGCUGUGGCCGCCACGGCCGUACCCGCCGUGUCCCAGGCGCAGCUGGGCACCCGCGCGGCCGGCCAGCACUGGUGACUCGGCCAGGGCCCAAGGGAAGCGGAGAGUCCUGCCUUCCAAGGCCCUUGGUCACCAUCGCCUCCUGCCCUUGUAAAGUAUCCCCUGCCGGGACGAAGACUCCUGCGCAAAGACCAGUCAACUGGUGCGAAGAUGUGACCUUGGACCGCAGGGGAAUGGAUACCUGAAUCAGGGUCUCUCCCUAAAUAGGGUCUUUCCCUAUAUGGCGUCCCUGAGAUCAUUUUGGACGGGCACCUGAUUUUUACCCUUUGUUUCCGUGUUUUAGAGAAACCCUGAAGUCAAAACACCGCAGACUUCAAAAACUUGCAAACUGACAUUUUAAAAAGAACCAGUGAAUUUAUUUCAACACUUUUUGAAAAAGAACUUUGAUGAUGUGUUACCAUUCCCACCUUCAUCGUCUUAUAACAUAUAUGAAAGCGCCUUGAGUGUGCAUGAGCCAAAGGAAAUACUAUUGAUGAAGAAAAUAAUAUUGAAGAAGUAUUUUAUAAAGUAACCUGUGUUUGAGGAUGCUUCUGUUAUAAUUUAUCCUGUGUACAGUUACCUAGAAUGAAGCCACAGAUGUGCACACUGGUAAUGAGUUGCGAGAAGCCUCAGGCCCUUGAUUCUUAAACGGGUGUUUAUAAAGUAAAAUCAAUCCUGAAUGAGAUAGAAUCUUAGCCAGUGAGAAAAAAAAAUACACAACAGAUUUAUUUUAUACUCCUUUUUGCACUUCUAGACUGUUAAACGGCAUUGAGUGUUAAAAAGUGGAAAUUUUCCAUUGUGCUGAUUGAUGUUCUACGCCAACAAUUGAAUUUUGGAAGCAAGAGGGUUACCUCUUUUAGGUACCAGUUUCAUGUGUUCUAUAGCAUGCACACUUGUUGCUACCCUCGCUUUGUAAUCCAUUUACUUGCCUUACGAGUGUGAUCGCAGCUCUGUACUACAAUGGUUGCUAAGGAGAAUAAGUUCUGUUUUCUCUUUAGUAUUUAAAAUAUCUCAAUGCACAUGAUAUAAUUAAACACUAAUAAUACCAUGACUGCAUUGCUAAUAUUAGCUGCUGUUGCAUGCUCCUAGAUGCUAGAACUUACUGGGCAUGUGGUCUACUAAAGCAAUACCCAUUAGACAAGGACAUUUUACUUCUAGACACCGGAAGAAGUGGCCUUCCAUUAUUUGAAAAGAGAAGAGAGAACCUCUGGCUACCUAAAGGUCUUGUUGUCUUCAUCCAAUUUAUGAGAAAAUACCCAGUGGGGAUUUUAUCUUGCAAAUGGAACCACAGUCAAGAUGGACCAACAAUAUGGUUUGGCUCUACAAAGCCUUCUGUGCUUAAGGUUUUAGGGUUUAGAUAAUCCAUGCAUUAGAAAGCAGCACUGUUUUUUAUGUAGUUCGAGUAUAUUACCAUGACAUUAACAUUAAUAUUGUGUCUGUUACAGGAGGUAUAAUUAACUCAGUUAUAGGUAACAAAUAUGGGAAUUUGUUCUAAAAUGUAUGAUUUGAGGCUUGUCAUUUUCAUCUUUGGUUUACUACAUUUCUUUAGAAAUAUUUGAAAUGCACAAUUGUGUAAAACCACUUUAUAAAAUUAAAAUGGGAAGAAAUUUUAAAUAAGUGUCUAUCAGCAGUCUGACUGCUAACUACAUCAAAUCUGGGGCUGCACAGCCUCACUUAACUGUGUGAUUGCUUUGUCGCCUUCGUGGUCAUUGUAAGCCAGGAGAGUGGGACACUUGUGUAUUUAAAUACUUAUUGGAGUUGCAAGAAACUGACAUCUCUGCAGUAAAACAAGGCAAAACAGAUAUGUUCAUCACCAAUAAUAGAUCAGCAUUCAUUUUAUUACUCUAUCCCUUACUGCAUGCACCAUUUUUCUCUUUCUAAGGUUUUAUCUGUUCCCAUUUUCCUUGAUUCAAAUAAUUAAUUAAAGUUCAGACAACUGUU